CCGUGCCGUCGCGGUCCGUGUCGCGCCGCGGACAGGGGCAGCCCUGAGGCGCUGGAGGCAGCUUCCCGGGUGCGCUGAACGGCCAGCGGCCGGGCUGGGCCCGGGCUCUCCCCCGCGGGCUCCGUGAGGCGCCCGGCGCGGCGCUCUCCUCCCCAGGGAGCGGCCGUUGCGCCUCGAGGAGGAGCCGUUGGCAGAGCCACGCCCUGCGCCCGCCGACCCGUCGCCUGGGAGCCCGCCAGGCUUUAGUAACCAAAGAUGAGUCGUGGAUUUUCAGAAAACAAUAACUUCCCAUAUGACAACAACCAAAUGGUUUUGGAUAUGAUUCUGUGUUCCCUAAUUGGUGUUCCUCAGCCUAUCAACUGGGACAGUGUGGCAAGGCUAGUUCCAGGAUUUACAUCCAAAGAGUGUGCAAAAAGGUUUGAUGAACUAAAAAGCAGUGGAAGUUCACCUGUUGACAAUCAAUAUAAUCCCCUAAUGGCUGCUGGUGGGAGUCCUGUGGAAACUUUAGCUACGUACAUCAAAUCCUCCUUGCUUGAUACACAGACAGAGUUUCAGGAGCCUCCCAUUGGGCAGAAUUCCAUUACUAUAACUGGAAGGCCCAGCACAGCCUCCACAAGGAGUUCUUCAGAAUCUGAGAAAGGUCCUGUGCAUAAAGGUGGAGAAAGCACCGAUGGAAAUCAGGGGCCAAAUAUGGUGAUCCAUGUGUGUGAUGAAGCAAAAAACCUCAAAGAAGAUUUUGUUUGUCCUCGUGACCUUUUGAUUUCAGAAAUGAAAUAUUUUGCUGAAUAUCUGUCAGUGGAUGCCCAGCGCUGGGAAGAGGUGGACAUUUCAGUGCACUGUGACGUUCACAUCUUUGACUGGUUGAUAAGAUACGUUAAAAGGAACACUAAAGAAUAUGAAGCAUAUGAAAUGCCUACUUUAGAACCUGCAAAUGUCAUAUCAAUUCUUAUUUCUUCUGAGUUUUUGAAGAUGGAUUCAUUAGUAGAAAAAUGUAUUAAUUAUUGCCAUGAAAAUAUGAAUGCCAUUGUAGCCACACCAUGCAACAUGAAUUGUAUCAAUGCUAAUCUUGUUACACGAAUUGCUGAUCUCUUCACACACACUGAAGUAGAAGAGGUGAAGGACAAAAGAGAUAAAUUUAAGAGUAAACUAUUCUGCAAGAAGAUUGAGAGACUCUUUGAUCCAGAGUACCUAAAUCCAGAUUCACGGGGAAAUGCAGCAACAUUAUACAGGUGUUGUUUAUGUAAAAAGCUGCUAACUAAAGAAACAGAAAGACGAAUUCCUUGUGUACCUGGAAAAAUCAACAUAGAUCAACAUGGGAAUAUUGUCUAUGUUCAUAUAAGAGAUAAAACCUGGGAAGUCCAUGAGUAUUUAAUUGGUCUCCAUGAGGAAUUAAAAUCUUGGCGGGAUGUUUAUUGGCGCCUCUGGGGGACUGUCAAUUGGUUGGCCUGCUCAAGGUGUAACCAAUCUUUCCUGUGUACGGAAUUCUCCCAUUGCCAGUACCAUUCGCAGCCAGUUCUUUAUCCAGGUAUAGCAAGUGCUCUGGGUUCCACUGGGACAGGAAUAUAUCCCUGUUGUAACCAAAAAGUACUUCGAUUUGAUCCUACAACUCUUCCAAAGGGCUGUAAAGUGAGGGAUCACGUGGUUGGUUUACCUUCAGGAAAUGAAGAUGAGGACAUUUUGACAUCUCAGAAUACUAAAAUACUGAAUGAUCUGCUUCACCAUAGAGAUGCUAUUGUUGUUCCUUUCACUAAGGAUGAAAAUAGUGAUUCUGGUAUUGGACUCUGUGAUGAAAAAAAUAUUGAAUGUGAUGUGCUGUUAGAACAAAAUUUGCCAUGGGGCCCUAAAACAGGAGAAAUCAAUGCUUUUCUUUCUCUGAAGAACUGGACUUUGCAGCUGAAACAGCAAUCAUUGUUAUCUGAAGAGGAGGAGUAUACCACUGGCUCAGAGGUCACGGAAGAUGAAGUGGGGGAUGAAGAAGAUGUAUGCAGGAAACCAGCAGGGAGAAAGGAGAAAUUAAAGAAAUUCUGCAAGCACCCAAAGAAAGUGGUUUCUUCACCUAGUGUUCAGAAAAAGGAGAAGCCAUCUGACAAGUCAAGUUCCCGAGAUGCAUCUCCAUUCAUUGUGAGUAUGCAGCAGAACAAAUGGGAUGCCUCCAGAUCACUGAGAUUCAAUCAAGAUGCUCAAAGAGAAGACGAUCAGAGAAGAAUGUCUGAGAUUACAGGGCACUUAAUAAAAAUGCGACUGGGAGACCUGGAUCGAGUCAAGUCAAAAGACAGUAAAGAAUACGCAGGAGGCAUUUAUUCUAGGCUAGAAGCUCAGAUAAAGGCCUCGGCACAAGUGAGUGCGCGACAAAACAACGUUGAGAAGAACACAAGGUCAAAAUCUCGUUUUGGUCAAGGUCGUCCAACAUAAGGACUCAUGAAGAGAACAUAGCCAAAAUAAUUACUGCUUCCUGAAAGUGUACUGCACUCUGACAUACAGAGAACGCAUAUCUCUGAAAGCUUUCCUGUGACUUAUUUAUUACUUUAAGCCAUGUAAAUUAUUUUGUGCGAUAAAUGAAUGCAAAUCCAUUGAGGUCUGUACUUACUUAAAGUGUAAAUACACUAUUUAUUAAAUUUAAAUUUAAUUUUUUAGGAUAUUAUGUUAAGUUGCAUAAAAAUAUUUUAUAAUUUAUGAAGUUAAAUUAUUAGACUAUUUAUGGGGGAAGACGAAAAUACGCCGCCUUAUGUGCUAGAAAUACUAAAAAGGAAAAAAGCAAGACUACUGAAUUCUGAGUACAGUCAGCAGUGUUAACAGAAAUCACCAACAAUAUCUAUUUUAUGUAGUAUUUAAUGGCACAUUUUAGGUCAGUCCUCUGAGGAUUUGCAUUUAAUGUCCAUGGAAUUACCUAUUAUUUAAACUACUUAGAGCAAAAUUUUUAAUGCAGUUUUGAGGCUUCCCUCCAUAUACCUACACAACUCUCAUUUGUGUGAAGGUGGGCAAUAGGUGGGAUCUAGACCUCCAAAGAUGAUUUAAAUGCAGUGAUGAUGCAGUAUUGCAUCUUGCUUAUGAAAUAAUUACUUUACUUGUAUUGAAAAUUAAAUACUGAUUCCUAUUUUGUAUCUUACUCCUCUUGCACAAUACAGUAUCUCGUUCCCUUCUAAUGAUCAGCCCUGAGGAGGCAAAGCACUUCCAUCUCUUAAUGAUGCUGUGCUACUAAAUUUUGGAGCAAAUAUGUUAUUAAUUCUGCAUCUUUUAAUUGAGAGGACUCAUUAUGAGGAUUUGUGCAUAUUGAUCUUUGGACCUAGUUAUUUUCUGAAACAUGCCUGAAAAAUGCUGUUUUGAAGUCAGAUGCACUUUCAAGUUUUUUUUUUUUUUUGUUUUGUUUUUUUUUGUUUGUUUUUUUUGAAGCAAUAGAAUACAAGUUUGUCUAUACAUAAAAUCCAGGGCUACCAAAGUGAAAUGGAAAAUACUCAGAAAUAUAGAAAAUUGUCUAAAAAAUAAAUCAUGUCUAAGCAAAGGAAAUGGCAAUAAUAAUGGCUGAAUUUUAGAAAACCCUUUCUGAUUUUUUGAAACAGGUAGAAAGAAUGCUCAGGGAAACCUUAUUCCAGACCCCAGCUGUACAAUAAAUUGUGAGUUCAGAAUUAAGUAAGCAAGAUUUUUGGGCAGGAGGGGAGGGUACAGGACAGGAGGUCAUCCUUGAAAUGCACUCUUCUUUCUAUUCAGACUUUUUUGUGUGUUUUGUUUCUUCAGAAUUUUUAAUUGGCAUUAGAAGACAAGGAUAGCAAUACUUGAAAAUACUGCUUUCAAGGUGGAAGAUUUUUAUUCAAACAACAAAAAUGAAUUUUAUUUGUUAUAGCAUUGGAUGAAACAUAAUAAAUUCAGAGCCCAUUGAAACCAACAGGCAAAACUGUGGAUUUCAGUGGCCUUAAUUUGAGGCAGGAGUGGUAAUUUUGCAGGAAUGCUUUAGCCUAUAUCAAAUAAAUAAGGCUUUACUAAUGCCUCAGGUCUGUUUGCAAGUAGUAAUGCAGUUCUAAGCAUUUAUAGUAAACACUGAAAGACUGAUAGAUGUUUGUUGAAAGAGGAAGUAUUUAAAAUCCACCAAAUAUAAAAAUGCAAUAGGAAGUGUUUUGCAAUAAUUUUGUGAUUUCUGAUAGAGGAUUAUUUCAAAUUCCAUAGGUAAACUGUGCUCUGAAAGUUGCAGGCUUGUGUGUAUGUGUUUAGUUUUCAUAGAACUACUGACUAGGCAUAGGGGGGAAAUACCACUGGAUCGGUUAUGAGGAAAAGUGCCAGUUUUGUGUGCCAGUAAUGUAAUAUUUUAUUCAGAAAUGGUUUUGAGCAUAUGAGAGUAAUAUAUAUGAUGUGUAGUCUAUCCUUUAAGUAUUUUCCUUCCUUGCCAACUGUCUUGAAUUUUUA